UGAGUGGAGGGAGCGCUGAUCAGUGAGGUCUCCAGGGAGGAGAGAGGAGAGAAGGAGAUGAGCAGUGAGAGGGAGGUGAGCAGAGAACAUCUAUCAGCUCAGGCAGCCAUGCUCUGAGCCCUGGAGGCGACUCUGCACAGGCCCAGCAUCAGGCCCAGCUCAGCCCUCCGUCCCAGCCACAAACACCGAGAUUCCCCUCACAUCAGCUGUGCAUCGGAGCCAUGAGGACGUCCAGGAAGGGCAGCGUGGAGAUGCCUGCGUUUAUGCGGCAGCUGGUGAAAGAGACGGAAAAGAGGGUCAGCUCUUUCUUCAAAGGGGGGCGUGGAGGAGGAGCAGCAGAGGGGGAGCAGCCAGGGGACGGGGAGAGGGAGGAGGUCAUCCCCAGCCCCUACCUGGACCGGCCGGUCCUGGACAAGCUCACAGAGGAAGGCUGCGCCCGCUGGGGCCUCACCUACGCCCUGGGGAGCAUGCAGGGCUGGAGGGCCAACAUGGAGGACUUCCACAACUGCGUGCCACAGCUGGGAGGAGAGCUGGCCGACUGGAGCUUCUUCGCUGUGUUCGAUGGUCACGCGGGCAGCACGGUGGCUCAGUACUGCUCCCAGCACCUCCUGGGUCAGAUCCUGGCCACAGGUGGGAUGAGACAAGAGGAUGAUCCUGAGAGAGUGAAAGGAUCCAUCAUGGAGGGCUUCCUGCAGACAGACAAGCACCUGCUGUCUGUGGCGCGUCGGGAGGGCUGGGAGCGAGGCGGCACCACCGUGAUCGCCACUCUCAUCUCACCAUAUUACAUCUACUUCGCCAACUGUGGGGACUCCAGGGCCAUGCUGUGCCGGUCUGGCCAGGUUUGCUUCUCCACUGAGGACCACAAACCGUACAGCCCUCUGGAGAAGGAGCGCAUUGAGAGCGCGGGCGGCUCCGUGUCCAUCCAACGCAUCAACGGCUCCCUGGCGGUGUCUCGUGCUCUGGGGGACUUCAGCUACAAGGGCGCCGAGAACCGAACGCCCACCGAGCAGAUGGUGUCUCCCGAGCCGGAAGUGUGUGUGGUGGAGCGAUCUCCGGCGGAUGAGUUCCUGGUUCUGGCCUGCGACGGCGUGUGGGACACCAUCAGCAACGAGGAGCUGUGCGCCUUCAUCCACAACCGGCUGCGCGUCUGCACCGACCUGAGAGACGUCUGCACGCAGGUCAUUGACCUCUGCCUCUAUAAGGGCAGCUUGGACAACAUCAGCAUCAUCCUGCUCUGCUUCCCUGGAGCCCCCCAGCUGUCGGCCGAGGCGCUGCACCAGGAGGCCGAGCUGGAGGACCUGCUGGAGUCCAAAGUAGCAGAAAUAUAUGAAGAGCUGUGCAGCAGAGGGGAGGAACCUGACCUGCUGUCUGUCCUCACAGUCCUCGCGUCCACUGUUAUCCCUGGAUUACCACCAGGUGGAGGCAUACAGAGCAAAAGGAACUGCAUUAUUUCUGCUUACUAUCAACAAAGAGAGACUCACAAGUCAAUGCUACCAAACGGCCUGGGAGGUUCCUGAAGAGACUGGCUGGUCUCCAACGAUCCAUGGAGGGACUGUAAUUAAUGUCAUAUUAAAACUGUUUUCUUCAUGUCUGCACUUUGACAAAAAGGGAGAGGGUGAACUGUUUGUUUACAUCAUGCAAGCGAGCAGCAUCUUGUCCUUACAAAUACAAUGCAAAAAUAGAUGUUACAUUUUAUAUUUAUACAAGAAGGACAUUUUGUAAAACUUACUCAGAGAAUCUGAUCCAGCAACAAACCUCUGCCUCAUAUUCAGUGAACAGAAGAUACAGAUGAUAAUUUCCAAUGACUUGCAGUCUGUAAAACUGAAUAACAACCAGCUGUGAAAUUGUACAUUUUCAAUGGAUAAAAUAAGAAACAUGAGUAUACGUAUGUAGAGUUGUAUUUUAAAUAUGAUGUUUUAAGAAUAGAUAUAAAAAAAUAUGAAUUUUUAAGAGUUUUAAGUUGGCCGUGCUAGUCAAACGCUAGCAUGCAGCCAACAUAUAUCCAUUCAUUUUAAUAGGGAAUGCACAAAUUUAUCGUUUUCCCUCAUGGUCCCUCAAAUAAAGAUGAAUUAAUUAAUUAAAUCUCAACACAUACACAGAAAAAAUACAUUUCUCACAUAAGCUAAAGGUGUUAAUUCGCUAAACAUGUAGAAUAAGAUCCACAUGGCUGAAGUGAUGUUUGGAAAAUGAGUUAGUUGUUAAAAUAAUUCAAUAGUUUAGAGAUAUACAGCAUGUUUCAGUUUCAUUGUGUCCUCCAACCCAUACGACCACAUAGAUAAUUUGUCUCUACCCUUAAUAUGAAAAUGGACGGUUAACAAUUAAUAAAAAGUUUUGGUAACGCUUUAUAAUAAGGUCCUUAAUAACCAUUAAUUAACAAGUAAUAAGGCAUUGUUCUCGCUUUAGAUCCGGUAGUUGCAAAAAGCAUAGUUAACUUAUAGUUAACUUAUAAUAGAUGAGCAAUAAAGUAUAUUUUAAUAUCAAUAAGCAAACAAAAUAAGAUUAAUAAAGGCAUGGCAAAGACAUAAUGGGUGGGUCAUGGGUGUUUGUAAUGCCAUUAUUAACACUUAUAUAAGCUUAUAAACACACAAUAAUGUUAAUAAGCGUCUUGUAAGGACUUACAAGGGCCUUAUUACUUGUUAAUUAAUGGUUAUUACAAGGACCUUAAUAUAAAGCGUUACCAAAGUUUUUAAAAACAUGGUUAAUGUUGAGGAACGGUCUCAGCUUGGUUAGGUUUAGGCAUCAAAAAUACUUUGUUUGGUUUAGAAAAAGAUCAUGAUUUAAUAAAAUAAGUAAGUUGGUUAAAUUAUUUCAGUUAGUGUGACCUAUUUGACAUACAUCCAUAAAUUAAACACAAUUUGAGGUAUUGCAUUAGAGAAGCUGAAUGGAAACGGCUAAAUUUGACAAAACUUUCUCAACCAGCGUGAUCAAAACACACGACUUCUCCAUGUCAUCACAACGUAAAAACUUCUCCAGCCUGUUUCCCUGCUGUCAGCUUCCCUUUAAAGUUGUACCAGAGAUAAGGUCAAAUAUAUUUAGUAUAAAAAUAUAGAACUAGAUUUUCUCUUCAUUUUUACCUCUUAUAUGUUAUAUUUGUAACAUUUAAAAUUCUCCAUUGAGCAUGAUUGUGGUUUUCUUUUAAUGUUUUUUGGGUUCAAAAUGUUGAUCCAAUAAGUCAAAGUUAAAAAAUAAUUCUCAAGUCAUAUAGGUGAGGCUGUGUUGAGAAGAAAAAUGAUACCAACAUGGCAUGGGUAACAUUUUUUUAAAUGGUAUAUAAAGGCAGAAUGAGAAGGAAAAAAACUCCAAAGGGUUAAAUUACAAAAUGACGCUUGUUUGAGUCCAUUUUUUGCUUUUUUUUAAAAAGGGUUAAUGCACUUUAUGAUCUUUUGAUAAGGCCAGAAUCCAGCUGUUGUUCAAGGAAACGACCUAUGGGGUCAUAUUUUGGGGGAGGACAGUCUAAAAAAAUAUAAAAAUAAACAAAAAGUACCUAAAUAUUGGCUGAAUGACAUAAAAUCUAUAUUUACUGACCAAUCAAAAUAGAUCCUACAUGAAUAAAUUUGACAAGUACACAUCCUUUCUAUAUAUCAACCAUUUUUCUAAACAUUUUCUUCAGUACAGUGUAUGUGAAAUGUGUUUUUCCAUAAGUGUGACGAUAUGUACUGUGUUGCCUUAUUCAUCUUUUUAUAUAUAUUUCAUGAAAACAAACAGCAUUGGAACCAGUUAGUUUCAGAAUGGGUCAUUUUAUCCGCAUCAUAUACAGCAUUAUUGUCAUAUUUCAGUAAGUAAAUUUCUGUGUAUAGACAUUACAUGUUAAGAAUUUGUUUAAAACCUAAAUAAAGAAUAUUUAAUUGUU